AAUGGCCACAGUUUCCUUAGGGUUUCUCUCCCCCGGCCGAGACAGACAAGUACUCUCACCACACACACACACGCCCCCCACGAAAUUCCCAAAACCACCGGAGGCACAUAAAUUUCCGAGGGAGGAAAAAUCCCGUCCGAAAUCCGGCGCUCCAAAUCCCUCCCCAAGGCGCUCCCCCUGUGCCCGUUCCCGAAUCCAGCAAAUCCCUGCUGAAAUUCCCCAAUCCUCCGCGUUCGCCGCCGCCGCCGCCGCCUUCUCCACUCCCGGCUGCAAUCCCCCGCCUCGCGUCGCCGCCGCCGCCGCCGCCGCGGAUUUCCCCGAGGAUUUCCUCUCUCUCUCUCUCUGUGGUACUGCAGCCACAAAUUGUUGCGACUCGUCAUCGGGGACCUCCUCGCGCCGGCAAGGCCAGGCCUUCGUCCGCCGGAGUCCCCUCUCGUCGAGAGGCGUUGGGCUGCGCCUUCCACCCUCGCCGCCUGCUGGUACUGGAGUGGCGUGGGAGAGGAGAUCCACCCGGGCGUGGAUCGAUAUUUCUCGCGUUGUUGAGUAACCCUAGCUUGCGCGGACGGAUUCUUCUAGGAGUUGGUUAUGUUACCGGGGGUGUGCGGAUUUGUUUGCGACGUGAUACCCUACUAAUCCAAAUAUCCAAUCUAAUCCCUCCUUGGUUUGAUUAGAUUCUUCUUCUUCAGCGGGGAGGGUCAAUCCACGCAAGGUGCAGAGCAGUUCAUUUCCCAAAAAAUUCGGGGGUUCAACUGAACCCUCAUGCCCCACGUUAAGUCCGCCCCUGGUGGUGGUGGACUGGAUUGGUGGUGGACGCUGCUGAUUCUGACACGGGUAUGGAGCGAGGUGAGCCCUCGUUGAAGCCGGAAUGGCUGCUGCGGGUGCCCAGUACAAUAGCUGCCACAGCUCCCCGGCCUGCGACUUCAUCCCGCGUGGAUGAUCAAGGCAGGGGUUCUUCAUCAAGAAACCGAUCAUCUGGGAGUGACCGCGAUCGGAGCUCCCAACAGUCCUCGUCACGGAGGGGUUCAGGCUCAAGUGGGUCAAGGCGGAGUGAUCGGGAUGGUAUAGGGAAGUCAAGAGGUUACGCCAGUUUUGGAAGGAACAACAGGGAAAGAGGCCAAGAAAAGGAUCCAGAUUUUCGUGAUGGGGAGAGUAGGUUGGUUCAGCCAGAGGAUCCCCUACGAGAUGGCUUUGAGUCAUUUAGCUCAUGCAGACCUGAAAAGGACAGGCUUAAUCGUACUCGUUCGAAGGCGGCCAUAUCAAAUCGGGCAGUAGGAGUAAGUUUAGACAACGGCAAUAUAUCUAAAAAGGAUACUGGUGGCAUCUCCUUUGAACGGGAAUUCCCGCACCUUGGCUCUGAGGACAAAAAUGGAAAGCAAGACAUAGGAAGAGUUCCAUCUCCUGGAAUUAGCACCCCAAUUCAGAGCAUACCAUUGGUCAAUGCGCCUGAUUGCUGGAAUUCAGUGCUAGUAGAAGUUCCUAUACUUGGUGAUCCAAACAUUAACCUUGUAUCCUCAUCUUUAUCACCCGCUGGUUCAAGUAAACAGACUGAAGUGUCUAACUCUGGGAGUGCAUUAAGCAUGUCUGAAACAGUGAUGCAAUCGCCAUUAAAGAUUUCUACUGCACCGCAGUUAUCAAUUGAUGCUCAGAAGAUUGAAGAAAGAACUAUGAGGCAGUGCAUUCUAAGACCUCUGACACCUUCAUCAAACAAAGUUUCCGUAUCAAGUUCAUUCGACAAGUUGAAACCCAAAGGUGCAAGAGCUGGAGAGUCUAAUGGUCCUAUUAAGGUAGCACCACAAUUGUCAAUACAGCCUUCUAGCAGCUCUGUCCGUACUCCAAUCAAAACUGACCUUGUAAAGCCAUCUCAAUCUGGAAGCCUUCAAGUCCUUAGCCGAGAGCAGAAUGGUACUGUAAAUACUGCCAAAGACUGCACUAGCAAUCCUGUGAGCCCUGUUUUAGGUCGAUCUUCUUCAAUGGAACCUAUGAGAAAGCCUGUUGUCAACCAAAAGCCAAAGGUUGUCAGUAAUGGUCUUCCUUUGCAUCUGGUACAAGGUUCAUUUGGUGAGAGAAAAGCAAGUGCAAAGGACAAGCUUAAAUUCUUUGAGUUGUUGCGGAGCAAGUCUGUAAAUGGUUCAAGCACUGCUAUCGAGUCUCCAUCUAGCUUGAUUGAUGAGCAGCAGAACUCUUGUCUUGAUUUGUCUUUGUUUAAUUCUGGAUUCAAGUGUAUUGAAAACGGGAGUAGUUCCUGUGAGGAAGCAAAUUCCCGCGAGGGAUCUCAGCAACACUUAUCUGACAAUGAGGAAACCAUUCCUCCUUCAGAAUCUCGUGAUGUUUUAAAUGUGGGAUCUCUGGGGAUUCUAGUUGAUAACAGGGAUGCCCACUCUUCGUCAGUACUCGCUGACACAGAAGAUGUAGCUUCCAAGGAGCCACAGGCAGACAAGGCUGAAGAUUUUCUGUCCAUCAUACCUGCGCAUAUAAAUGAUGGUUCUGCGAUGUCCAACUCUGUCGAGAAUGAAGCCAAUUUGCCACUUGAUCCCAUUGGAGCAGAGGGGGAGGAAGCCUAUCCUGCUCAGGAGUUUCGACACAUUGGAUCAGGGGAGGAGGAACCCUAUCCUGCUCAAGAGUUCGAUCCCAUUGGAGCAGAGGAGGAAUUCUAUUUUGCUCAGGACAAGCCAAGUCCAGAAGAGUUGGCUUUCCUGCGAUCUCUUGGCUGGGAUGAGAACGAAGAAGUUCCACCUCUUCAACAGGAAGAGAUUGCUGAUUGUGUAAGGCAGAAUGUGAGGCUGCAGCAGAAGCUUCAGGAAUGCAGAGGCUAAUUGCUGAAUUGGUGCUUUAUGGAGCAACGUUAUUGUGUCUGUCACCAUGCUGAAAACAUGUGGACGUGAAGCUGUUGCAUGAAGAGUUUUGGUAGCCACCUCAGUCAACCGACAUGGAAUGAUUGUCUAGCUUAGCAAAUCGAGAGUUUUUUUCUUAAUGUUUGUUCAGCAUUGUGGGGGGAGGUUUCAUGAGUAGAGCUGAUAUUUUCCCCUGCUGAAAAGAGGUUUUAAGGUUUUUCUUCCUCAUUUUCCCAGAAGGAAUACCAAACGAAAGUAUGUCUGGUGUUGGAGGCACAUAGGGGUGCGUUGCUCGGGAAGAAUAGGUUGUCUUUUUUUUUUUUUUUUUUUACUUUUCAUGGCUUAUCCUUUUUCAGAAAAAAAGAAGGGAAAAAAGAAUGCUCGAUCUUAACAUGAAAAGGUGCACAGGUUUACCUUGAUCUUGAA